UUUUGUCACUUUUGUUUACAUUGUAAAAUUUGUAAUUUGUAUUUAGAUUUGAAAUAAAUAAAUCCAAAAGAGAAUGUAGUUAAAUAUUUUGAAUAUUAAGUUCCAUAUUUAUUGUGAGGCACUAAAAUUGUACUGAAGAAUUCUAACCUAACCUUAUAUAUAAUGUCUUCAGCUUCACCGCCAACAGUACCUGGACGCCAGUCAGGUGGAGAUGCUAAGAAGACACAACCACCAUCUAGCAUUGUUACUCGAAAUGGUGCAAGAAAAGCUAAAAUACAAACACGUGCCCGUACAGCCGCUACUUCGAAACCUUCAGCAUCUGUUGUGGCAGCAAAGAGAAAAGCACAACUGAAGAAGAAAACAACGGUAGAGACAGUUUUGAGGGAUCAUUAUCAAAUUACAAUGGAUGCAAAGACCAAAGUAAAAGGUCCUACAGGUUUUGUUACUGAGCCACGCAUGGUAGAACAUAAGUGUUUGUGGGAUGAGAACUAUCCAGAAAAUCCACUGCGACUCAUAAGUGUCAUUAAUAGAUGUCACGAGUUAAACUUAAUAGAACAAUGUACUGAAAUAAGUCCCCGGGCUGCAUCAAAAGAAGAAAUUUUAAAUUUACAUGAUGUAUCUGUUUAUUCUAUGAUGGAGAAAACUCACCGGAACAAUGAUGUUGAAUAUUUAGAGGAUAUAUCGUCGUGUUAUGACGCUGUUUACAUACACCCAAGUACUCACGAACUGGCUCUCAUAGCAGCGGGUUCUACAAUAAACCUGGUCGAUCACUUAAUAAAAGGGGAUAUACAGAAUGGAGCAGCAUUUGUUAGGCCUCCAGGACACCAUGCUAUGAAGGCGGAGCCUUGCGGCUAUUGUAUAUACAACAAUGUGGCACUUGCUGCUAAACAUGCACUUCAACACGGACUUAGUAGAAUACUUAUAGUUGACUGGGAUGUACAUCAUGGCCAAGCAACACAACAAAUGUUUUAUAACGAUCCAAGGGUCGUAUAUUUCUCGAUACAUCGCUAUGAGCACGGAUCGUUUUGGCCCAAUUUGCGUCAAUCCAAUUUCGACUACAUCGGCGAAGGAAAGGGGGAGGGUUUUAACUUCAAUGUUCCCCUGAAUCAAAUUGGGAUGAAAGAUGCCGACUACCUUGCUAUAUGGUACCAGUUACUCCUACCGAUGGCUUUUGAGUUCUCCCCACAACUCGUGCUCGUAUCAGCCGGGUAUGACGCCGCCGUUGGGGAUAAUAAAGGCGAGAUGCUGAUAACACCAGCGUGUUAUGCGACAUUGACGCAUUUGCUCAUGGGCGUAUGUUCCCGAAUUGGAGUCGUGUUAGAAGGAGGGUAUUGCCCUACGUCCUUAGCGGAAGGAGCUGCCUUAACUUUACGAACGCUGCUAGGUCACCCGCCUCCCAUGGGCGAAGCUCUUACUGAGCCCACGGACUCAAUUCAAGAAUCCAUCUUAAACUGUAUUUAUGCGCACAAAAAUCAUUGGAAGUGUUUCUACCAACCCACAUAUAGCAUGUACUCGGAUGUAAAGAACGUCUGCGACGUUGAUAAAGACAAACAUACUGUUAUAGUGAAGUGGGAGGGAGACGAAACCAGACCGGAUAAAUAUCCAACAAGAAAUUGUUAUCCCUUACAAAGUAUUGAAACAAAAAGGAAUAUUGCAGAUAGAUUAAGACAGUUGCAGUUAGCAACUGAUUUAACGCUGCCCGAGUAUCCAGUGUGCUACAUUUAUGAUGAGGCCAUGCUGAAACAUAAAAAUAUUUGUGAACCGGGUCACGUGGAAUGUCCCCAACGAAUAAUGCGUGUCCACGAGCGACAUAUGGACUUUGGUCUUAUAGAUCGCGUGCACUUGCUAACAGCGAGAUGUGCCACCGAUGAAGACAUACUCGCAGUGCAUUCGGAGAAACAUCUUACCAGAUUAAAAGACUUGUCAUCGAUGAAGCUUCGAGAGCUCCACAAUACAAAGGACACAUACGAUUCCGUGUAUUUCCAUCCUGACUCGCUAGAGAGCGCUACUACGGCAGCCGGAUGUGUUUUGCAGAUGGUUGACUCGGUACUAUCCGGGCAAGCCGGAUCCGGAGUAUGCGUGGUCCGUCCACCCGGGCAUCAUGCGGAUAAAAGCACACCCUGUGGCUUCUGUCUCAUCAACAAUGUGGCCAUCGCAGCACAAUACGCCUUAAAACGCGUAAAACGAGUGUUAAUACUGGAUUGGGACGUACAUCAUGGGAAUGGGACGCAGAGUAUUACGUUGGACAACGAGCAGAUCCUAUACGUAUCCCUACAUCGCUACGACAAUGGCACGUUCUUCCCGCAAUCACGCGAUGCUGACCAUACAGUGGUUGGAACUGGGAAAGGCGAAGGAUUCAACGUUAAUAUUCCCUGGAAUAAGCGCGGUAUGGGAGACGCAGAAUACAUAGCGGCGUUCACGCAAGUUGUAAUGCCGAUAGCGAGAGAGUACCAUCCCGAUCUUGUUCUGGUAUCAGCCGGCUUUGAUGCCUGUUUUGGAGAUCCAAUCGGAGGUUGCAAAGUAUCACCAGAAUGCUACGGAGUGAUGACUCACAUGCUCAGAAGUCUAGCUGGUGGCCGUGUCAUACUUUGUCUGGAAGGUGGUUAUAACAUAACCAGUAUCUCGUAUGCUAUGGCUAUGUGUACCAAAGCUCUUCUAGGCGACCCAAUUUACACACAUUACGACCCAAACGCAAGUUGCAACUAUUCAGCUAUUGAAUCAAUAAACGACGUGAUCAAAGUACACAAAAAGUAUUGGAAAAACCUAAAGUUUCAACUGGCUUUACCAAUCGAAAAUGUUCUAGACAAUGUCUCACCGAAAUCGACGUUAGAAGAUGGACUAGCCAAUUUAACUAUAGGUUGCACUGACGGCAUACACUGCGGUACGGAUGAUGAAGGCGAGGGUACUUCAAAAAAUACAGAUUCCGGCUCGAAGGACCAGAGUCCAGAAACUGAUAGUUCCAAACCUAAGACGCUAGUAGAUUUUUUAUCGGAUAAUAUGCAAGCUAUAGUUGAUGGAGAAAUGUUUGCUGUAGUACCUUUACCGGGAUGUCCUCAUUUGGAUUCAUUGUACGCAAUACCGAGCGAUGUGAAGUUUCAACAAGGCGUUAAAUGUACUGACUGUGAUCAUACUAUUGAAAAUUGGGUCUGCCUUCAUUGCUAUAUUACGGCCUGCGGUCGACAUAUAAACGGCCAUAUGGCAGCGCACUAUUCUACCACGCAUCAUCCUCUAUCUCUUUCUCUCGCUGACCUCUCCGUAUGGUGCUAUCCCUGUGAUGCAUAUGUUGACAAUCCAUUGCUCUUUGACGCCAAGAAUAAUGCGCACAAAUGCAAAUUCGGUGAAGAAAUGCCCUGGUGCUAUAAAGACGGUAUCCAUAUGGCAUAAAAUUGGUCCUUCGGGCCGGGUAACGAUUUUUGUGUUAAUUCCUUUCAGGUUGUUAAAAUGUUAUUAACAUAACACUUAUUUUUAAAAUUAGGUAAUUCAUAUGUAGACAAUUUUCUUUAUAUUUUUUUAUAUUAUAGUUUUAUCUGUUUAUCAAAAUAUUCUACACAUUCAUAACUUAAUAAUUUUUUAGAUAAGUCAAGUGAAAAUCUGGUUUUAUAUUUAAUGGAGUCAAUAGUGUUUUAACCUACAUUGUCUGAUUUGCAUUUUAGAUUAUGGUCUUUCUUGGUGUGAUUGCCUAUUGGUUAUUAAUUAUAAAUUCUGUGUUACUA